GACUGACAACUUAUUCUCACCAAUCGGAUGAAAAAAAAAAUACAUUAAAGAUUUGGUGAAGGGGUAAAAAGAAAAAAAGCAUGAACCUCACGUUUGUCUGGUUUCUCUUCGCUACGUGCGCUAUAAAUAAAGCUCGAGUCCGCAUCCAAGCCCAUCUCCCCCCACUCCUUCCCCCAAUUGAACGUAAUCUCUCUCUCUCUCUCUCUCUCUGUGCAGCGGCAGCCAUCUUCUUCAUUCAGUGUUUCCUGUAAGCUAAACUGAGUAGAGGGAGUGCCAAAGCAGCGAGGUUGACACUGACCAAGCGAAAAAUAGAAGGACGAUGAGCACGCAGCUGUGGGCUUCGCUUGCGUCGGCUGUGGGCGUCCUUGCCCUUUUCCAGACCAUCCUGAGCACAUUACUCCCGCCGGAGCUCCGCCUCCUUAUCUCCCGCUUCAUGUCUCGCACGAUCUCCUUCUUCUCCUCGUACUCCUACUACGACAUCGCGGAGACCGACGGCGUCAACACCAACGAGCUCUACUCGGCGGUGCAGCUGUACCUUAGCCACGGCGCAGCUGCGCUAUCAGGCACCCGCGUCUCCCUCUCCCGCCCCGUCAACUCCUCCUCCUUCACCCUCGGCCUCCCUUCCAAUGACCGCCUCGUCGACUCCUUCCGCGGCGCCCCCGCCGUUUGGGAGCACGUCGUCACUCCUCGCGCCCCUCAACCCUUCUCAUGGCGGCCCCACCCCGACGAGCGUCGCUCCUUCGUCCUCCGCAUCCACAAGAAGCACCGCCCUCUCUUCCUCACCUCCUACCUCGAUCACAUCAUGGAGGUAUCCUCCUGCAUCCGGAGAGGCAGCCAAGAACGCCUUCUCCACACACAUUCCCGCACGGGAGGCAUCGACUCCAGAGGCAAUCCCUGGGAGUCCGUCCCCUUCAAACACCCGUCCACCUUCGACACCCUCGCCAUGGACCCCAACCUGAAGUCGGCCAUAAUGGCAGACCUCCGAGACUUCGCCGACGGCGAGUCCUUCUACAGCAAGACCGGACGUUCCUGGAAGCGUGGCUAUCUCCUCUACGGCCCUCCCGGCACCGGGAAAUCCAGCAUGAUCGCCGCGAUGGCUAACUUCCUCGGCUACGACGUUUUCGACCUCGAGCUCUCGGAGGUCCGCACCAAUUCCGACCUCCGCCGCCUACUCAUGCGCACCACCAGCAAGUCCAUCGUUGUCAUCGAGGAUAUCGAUUGCUCAGUCAGCCUCGUCGCCGACCGCUCCCCACGUCGCCACAACCACUAUCAGCAUCGCCGACCUCUGCCGUCGGCCGCCGACGACGACGCCGCGUCUUCCAACUCGGUGACGCUUUCUGGCCUGCUCAACUUCACCGACGGGCUGUGGUCGUGCUGCGGGAGCGAGCGACUCUUUGUCUUCACCACCAAUCACAUCGAGAAGCUGGACCCGGCGCUGCUGCGCUGUGGACGGAUGGAUAUGCACAUCCACAUGGGGUAUUGCUCCUUCGAGGCGCUCAAGAUCCUUCUGAGGAACUACGUCGGCGUAGAAGCCAGCGACGACGAGAGGGUGGCGGAGAUGGCGAAGGUGGUGGAUGGAGCACGGAUGACGCCGGCAGACAUAAGCGAGGUGCUGAUCAGGAAUCGGCACGAUCCUGGCAAGGCUUUAGAAGAGCUGCUGACUCAGUUCAAGACUAGGAGGGAGAGGAGAAUAAACGGUGAGGAGGCCAGGGAGGAGGAACAGGAGGAGCAGGAGAAGAGGGCGUUGGAGACGUUCUCUGAGGAGAGGGUGCAGGAUGAGAAGGGUGGGGGUUUUGAGGAAGGGGACUUUGGAGAGAAGAAGUGACUUAAUUUGUGUUAGUGCUUGUGAAUCCAUUGGUUUGGCUCCAAUAUUAUGUUCUCCCGCUUUCCUCCUUCUUCUUGUUCAUUUUCUUCUUCUCUUCUCCCCAUUUUGUUCCAUCUUAUCUUGGCUUCUGCUGUUUACAAAUUUUGGCUUGUCAGAAAGCUGAAGGGACGGUUUGGUCCUUUUCUGUGCUGGUGGAUAAUGUUGAUUUUGGGGGAGAUGGGAUAUGCGUUUUCAAUGGGGGAUGGAGCCAUGGUGUUGGUGUGCUUGGAUGGUGAUCGCUCAUCGUAUUGAGGCCACCAAUUCAGAUAAUUGCUGUACCUUGGGUGGUCUUUCGAUUUUGAAAACAGCUACAGAGCUCGUCCUCUGUUUCUGUUCUCUAUGGCACUAUUGCCUUAUGGUUCUCCUUUUUACUCUUUUAAGUGGUUUUGCUCAUGACUAAGAAUUAGUUUCUCCUCU